UUUUGUUUAUACACUUGAGAUAGCAAAAAAAUAGUUGUUUGGAACUAAGUGUCAAUUUGAAUGGCAUGCAUCCGAUUUUAUAAUACCCCUUUGUAGCGAUAGGAUGCAUCGAGCGAAGGCUACGUUUCGUGAAUUCCUGGUGGCAGCUGUUGCCAGUAUUUCGGGAAUCGCAAUGGGGUUGGCUCUAGGAUGGCCAUCACCAAUGUUUCAAAAGCUUACGGAAGAGACCCUCGUGGAAAAUCCCAUCGGUUAUGUGAUAGUCGAAAGUGAGCAAUCUUGGAUAAACUCGGUACUAGCAAUUGGAGGAUUUUUUGGGCCUUUUGUUGCGGGAUAUGUUUCCGAUCGUGUAGGCAGAAAACCCGCUCAUCUGUUGAGCAGUGUUAUCCAUAUUGCUGGCUGGAGCAUGUUGCUACUUGCGAAGUCGGUACCCCUAAUGAUAGCUGCCCGGUUUGUGCUAGGGUUCGGCAAUGGGUACAUUUUGAUCACCCUAACGAUAUAUAUAGGUGAAAUCGCCAGUGACGAAUACCGAGGAAUAUUAGGUUCUUUUUUGCAAAUUGGUCAAACAGUUGGUAUUUUGUACGUUUAUUGCAUCGGUCCUUAUGUCGGUUAUUACGCAUUCCAGUGGAUAUGCUGCGCCGUCCCUAUCGCGUUUGGAAUUUGCUUUGUUUAUAUGCCGGAAACUCCGCACUAUCUAAUCUCUAAAGGCCAGCACGAAAAAGCUCUUCAUUCACUGAUGUACCUUCGUGACGCUACGCUGACGAAUCUGCAACAGGAAAACGCUUUUCGAAAGCUCUUUACUUACCGAGCGAAUCAGAAAGCCAUCCUCAUCAGUUUUUGUUUGCUGUCAUUUCAACAGUGGACUGGAAUAGACUGCAUAUUAUCCAAUAGCGAGUUGAUUUUUGCUAAGGCUCGAAUCUCUCUUUAUCCGGAUAUCUCAACCAUUAUCAUUGGUACCGUGCAAGUGAUCUGUUGCAUCGUGACACUAUUCUUCGUUGACCUUGUUGGCCGUAAACCGGUGUUAAUGUAUUCUGCGGUAGGAUUAUCAAUAUCGCUAGCUCUGCUUGGGGUAUACUUUGUCAUGGAACCAAUGGCGAUUCCAACAGAACACAUCAGCUGGAUUCCACUGACCGGAAUGAUCGGAUUCAUCGCUAUUUACAAUUUUGGUUUUGGUCCAGUACCGUGGGCAAUUGCGUCAGAAAUCUUCGCCUAUGACGUGAAAGCUCUCGGCAGUGCGAUAAACGUCUCCGUUACGUGGAUACUGGACUUCCUAGCGCUACGCUUCUUCCUGUUGAUCAGCGAAUCUAUCGGAUUCGAAUGGGCGUUUUGGAUUUUUGCACUGGUUUGUGUAGCUGCAUUCAUUUUUACAUGGUUAUUCGUCAUCGAAACGAAAGGGCUGAGUCUUGAAGAAAUACAGCAACGACUCGGUGGAAAAUCUACGAAGGAAGCACUUUAGAAUGUUUUUUUUUUCAUCCAAUAGAAUUGUUUCUAUAGAUUAACGAUGAUGUUCAUAAAUAAAUGAAAAGCAUUUCA